CAAUGUUGACAUUUGUUUAUAUUUGUACACUUUCCUAAAAGUAUGGCUUCUCUUCUGAGGAAGGACCAAAUGAAAAAUAAUUUGGAGAGGGCAUGCAUUCAUCGAGAUGAUGUCCAGGAUCUCGUGUUAUUGGAUGAAAGUGAUGCUUUUCCUGAAACAAACCUCACUCUGGAAAUAGAAGACAAAGAGGAAGAUGCAAAAAGCUUGGCCAGCCCUGCAGGAUCAGUGUCAUUUGAAGGUGAUUUCCCUGGGACAGGCAUGGUUAGUUUUGAUGUGAUAUCAGCGGAUAAAAUCAAAGAUGGGCGCUCAAGCUUUGUGAAGUACACAAUAUUGGUGAGCAGUCAUAACAAGAUUCAGAAGGUUCCUGGUACUGUGGAGAAAAGAUACUCUGAUUUUGAAAAAUUGAAUGUGUGUCUUCGUAAACGUUUUCCAGACCUGAUGGAGGAAGUAUCAUUUCCAGGAAAAUUGUUGAUGGGUAACUUUAAAAAUGAAACAAUAGCUCGUCGAAGUCGUGCCUUUGAACAGUAUCUUACUCACCUUUUCUCUAUACAUAAGGUCAGAUUCUCGCCUGAAUUUGUCUCAUUUUUCUAUGAGGAAGAUCUGAGAGAGGGUUAUGCUGCCAUGGAGAGGGGAUGUUACUCUGAUGCUAUUUCCAUUUUGGAAAAGUGCCUGCCAGUUCAAGAGAAGUUACAAGGCGACUGGCAUCCUGACGUGGUUGGGACACUUUGUAGUCUUGUGAUUUGCUAUCAUGCCAUUGACAAGAUCAGCAUGGCACUUAAGUAUGCAGACUCUGCUCUUUUAUGCCUUCAAGGCAAUAGGAGUGAUAAACAUUAUCUCCCUUUGCUGCACCUCGAUAUUUAUUUCCACUGGAUGCAGGGAAAGGACAAAGCUCAUCUGGAAGCUAGUCUAGCCCAGCUCCGUAAGGAUGGCAUUAAUACCGAAAAAGACAUCAAUCUGAAGGCCGUGGUACUGGACAGGUUUAAAAGUUGACAUUCCGUUUGUAAGAUAUACCGUAAAAUCAGAAUGUUUUGUGAGGCUCAGUUUUGGCGGUUUUCAUUAAAUGACUAUUUCAUGGACAUUUGAAUUCAGUGAUAGAUAGAGCUCAAUAAAUCUGCAUCUACUAGUAUUAACAGUUCAUAGAUCCUUGUAAUGUGGAUGAUGAUGAAGCUGUGUGAUUAACUGUCUUAAUACAUGUUAAGGAUAUACAGGCAAUAUUGUGGCUUACUGAUGAAAAUUGUUACUUUAAACACAUUCUGAAUGUUUGUUAGAUUAUUUUCAAUUGUCAGUAUCUGUCAUCAGAGGAAAACCAGUGUUCUUGAUUACGUCUCUGGUUGGUUGGCAGGUAUAUGGUCCCAUGUCAGGAUCUAGAUCUCUUUCAAGAGCUGAAUAGUAUACUCCCUGGCAGGGAUCAUGGAAAUAUAUAACUUAGCAAAGCAAUGGUCAUUUCAUGAACCUGACAAAAGAUUGGAAUAGGUGCCAGUUAUUUCAUGAAUUAGUUUUUCCUGCUGGUUUGAGUCACUAGAAUGGUGCUUUUGCUGUGAUUUUUAGCAGUAUGUUAAGUUUUGUGUUCAAUAAUAGGAGAGUUUUACCUAUUUUUCACUCCAGAUCUGGAAAAUUUAUUGAACAUUUGCUUGAUAAUAGUUUGCAUAUAUGAUACAUGUAUAUAUAUAUAUAUAUAUAUAUAUCAUUGUGUUCGAUCUGUUUCUUAGUCGUGGCUGGAAUUGUGAGAAUUCUUGUCGUUUCGUUUCUACAGCUGUAAAAUGACACAAAUGAUAAUAUAUAUCUGGAUUAAACUAGUUACAUUGUUUACAUUGGUAAUAAGUAUGGACUCUCAUUGAAUCAAUAAACAAUUACAAUGUGUAUAAAUAUAGUCAUCUGAUUUGCAUAAUAGGGACAAGAAGCAAUAAUGUUGCCCAAUACCUCAGAAUUUUGUGCUUUAAACUAAUCAAUGUUUUAAUUAUCUGUUAAUCAUAUAUUGAGAUUAUAGUCAGUUUAUUGUCUGGAUGCAACACAUGGUAUACUUGGACCAUUUUUAUUUCCAUUCUUAAUAGAGAGGUUUCUGAUUACAAAAAGUCGUUUUACAUAGAAGUGUGUUUAGUAGGACACAAUUCUGUUGUACUAAAUGGAUGUAAUAGACAUUGAUAGGGAUUGUAGAUCUGUAAAAAAAGUCAUCGAGAAGUGGAACAAGAUGCGGGACUGGAUUAAUUGGUGUGAAAGUAAAUAAACUAUUUGUCCUACCCUUACUGGACAUAGAGCUUGGUCGGUGUGAUAGUAAAUAAACUAUUUGUCUUACCCUUACUGGACAUAGAGCUAGAUUUGUUUGAUAGUAAAUAAACUAUUUGUCUUAGCCUUACUGGACAUAGAACUUGAUUUGUUUGAUAGUAAAUAAACUAUUUGUCUUACCCUUACUGGACAUAGAGCUUGAUUUGUGUGAUAGUAAAUAAACUAUUUGUCUUACCCUUACUGGACAUAGAGCUUGGUCGGUGUGAUAGUAAAUAAACUAUUUGUCUUACCCUUACUGGACAAAGAGCUAGAUUUGUUUGAUAGUAAAUAAACUAUUUGUCUUACCCUUACUGGACAUAGAGCUUGAUUUGUGUGAUAGUAAUUUAAAUAUUUGUCCUGACCUUCCUGGACAUAGAGCUAGAUUGGUGUGAAAGUAAAUAAACUAUUUGUCCUACCCUUACUGGACAUAGAGCUAGGUUUGUGUGAUAGUAAUUUAAAUAUUUGUCCUGACCUUCCUGGACAUAGAGCUAGAUUGGUGUGAAAGUAAAUAAAUUAUUUGUCCUACCCUUCCUGGACAUAGAGCUUGAUUGGUGUAAAAGUAAAUAAAUUAUUUGUCCUACCCUUCCUGGACAUAGAGCUUGAUUGGUGUAAAAGUAAAUAAACUAUUUGUCCUACCCUUACUGGACAUAGAGCUUGAUUGGUGUGAAAGUAAAUAAACUAUUUGUCCUACCCUUACUGGACAUAGAGCUAGGUUUGUGUGAUAGUAAUUUAAAUAUUUGUCCUGACCUUCCUGGACAUAGAGCUAGAUUUGUGUGAAAGUAUAUAAACUAUUUGUCCUACCCUUACUGGACAUAGAGCUAGGUUUGUGUGAUAGUAAUUUAAAUAUUUGUCCUGACCUUCCUGGACAUAGAGCUAGAUUUGUGUGAAAGUAAAUAAACUAUUUGU